GUCACCGGCGCCACUCCCUCAGUCAGGCCGGGGAAACAUCCAAACAUCGGGCUCGAAGUUGCUUGACGAGCCCCUGGAAUAUCCUAGAAUGGUCGUUCGACUCCAUUCUUAGCCUAUAGAACAAUACAAAUAGCAAGGAAGAACUGAACAGGUAUACAGACUCCCUACCGCACUCAUUCCCAUCGCCGAUUCCCAUCUCUGACGUUGAACGAUCUUCCGCGGUACUGCUAAUUAUCACGAAGAACUUGGCUCUGACGUUGAACCUCCUUGGUUCCUGGCAGGCGCACGUGGUUGCCUCUUCUCAAGGGUCGCUUGCGAUCCAACUCGGUCAGGCAGAAUGACGAACCACCAUAGGUCAUUCCUCUUCCUGAUCCGCCGGACCGGCGCACGGCGCGGGGACACUGUUCUGCCCGCCCUUCUCCUCGCCGCCUUUCUCGUCCUCGGCUCGACCUCGCAAGCAGAGUCUGUCGCCCAGCGCGCGCGAUCCGCGCGAAUGCUGUCAGCUCUUCCGAUCGGAGACACGCCGCGCGAGUGGAAUCGGCUCGGGACCGCGUCGCGCCAUUUCCAAGCGAAGCCGGCGGCGGUUGCGGCGAGAUCUGCGGGAAGACGGCUAUCUGCCACCACCGGUGCCGGCGUCAGCUUGGGCGAGGCAGCAGCCGACAGUUGGCUCUCGUACUUGACAACGAAAGCCACAGAAUCUGAGAAACGUAACGAUGGAUUCUUUUUGCAGGCACGGCAGCAGAGAGAGCUUGCUGCUGCAAACGCGGCUGAAACCCGUCAACCAACUUCAUCGCAGCCUGUAACGGAUAGCUCUUUGGCGGAGAGUGAUGACGAUAUCUCGCAUUGUCCUCAGGAUGCGAGGCUCGACGCGUCGUUUGCGCUGUGCACUGCGCUCGACAACCACAAGAACGUGAAGAGUUAUACCGAUCUCGGGGGACACUCUAACGAGUACGGCGCGUAUUCGCGGCACAACCAAAUUUACGACGCUACAGGGAAAGGGAAGUGGUAUAUUGAAGAGCAGUAUUACGGGUUUUUGUUUAUCCAAGCGGGAUUGGCGUUCAACAAUUCGGACGCAAUUCGCGUCGGAAUGAAAAUCUACAACUGGGGAUUCGACCAAUUGGAAGCCGACGGAUCUUUCGGCUGCCCGGAUGUUUACCACAGCGCGGGUUUUUUCUUGGAGUCUGCUGCCCGAGCUGCCCUGCUGCUGCGACAAUCGCCGAUUGGUAACCAGCCGAAGUACCAGCGGUGGAUUCGCAAGGCUGUGACGCACGUCGCAGCAAUGGCGGCGUGGUUCGUCCGACCCGAUAUUGAGCGAAUCGGUUGGAGAAACGACGCGAUUCACACGCACAGGCGCUUUCUAACGGGCACAGCUCUCGGAAUGGCCGGGAUACUAACAGACAACCAUAAUUUGAUCCACAGGUCGAUUAAGUACAUCAGGAGCGGCCUCGAGUUGCAGGACCCAUCCGGCUUUAACUACGAGCGACACGGCCACGACUGCAGCUACCAGGGAAUAGGUUUGGUAUACGCGGCGCGCUAUUAUCUCUAUGUCGCGCCGCACAUUCAAGAGUCCGAGAUGUCAGACGAGGAGCAAGUCGAAUCGGUCGAAAUCCAGUCCGAGGUCAGAUCCCGUCUGCUGGAGUUUGGGCGGAGAGGCGCGGCGUGGCUGGUGACGCGGGUGGGUGCGGACGGCGCACUGAACGCGACGGGCAACACGCGCACGGGGAGCGCGCAGGAGGUGGGACGCAACGGCAAGCCCAAGGCGCUGGCGCGCAAGGACGUGUUCCACGCGCUGCUGUACUGGAGCUGGGUGCUCGGCGAUCCCAAGGCGCAUCUCGCCGCGUGGCGCGUCGAGGGGGAGCGGACCAGGCGAGUGCGGGCGUCGAGGUGUGAUUGUAACGGGGGGUUGGCGUGGGGGUUGGAGAAACGGGAAAAUGGGUCUGGGGAAAGCCAGGGCGGCGAGAGUCAGGCGAUGUGAUUGUAAGAGGGUGGGGGAGAUUGAUUGGCUUGAAAAAACGGAUGUGUUGGAAUGGUAGUAUGCAAGUGGGAGCCACUAUCAGUAGGUACAAUGGUAGCUAGCUUUUUACCUCAUACAGUUCUUGUUGCCGUAGCAGCAAAUUGCGGCAUGUACACCUAAUAUACUAUAAUGAGUCAU